CUUUAAUAGAAGAAAAUAGAAUCAUCACACUAACUAUUUAACAGCUUAUAAUGAUAUAAAGUCUUCUAAAUAUUCUCUAGAUUUCACCUUCUCCAAAAUUUUCUGCGAACUGAUACCAACCACCACUAAUCCCAGUCAAAACUUCCAUAAUCACCUCGUGGAAUGUCGCCUCCAACUUCCAUAACCCUCAUCAACGAGGAACUCCACGUCGAAACAGCCCUCGCCACAGAUGAUACUGAAGACGUUCCCGUUAACAAGAAAACCAGCUUCAACGGCAGACUAAACCAAUACUUCCACACGUCCAAGAAUAUCCCCAACCCUUCAAUACAAGAUACACUAUUCAAACGAAAGUCUGAAUCAGAGUCCAACGACCAAUUUAGCAACGACAAUGAUUCGAACUCUAAGCGAAGAAAGAAAGCCACUUCAACCACCGUCCUUAAUCUCCCGCAACGGAUAACCCGUUCUCGCUCCGCAUCAUCGUCGCCGGCUUCUUUCGCCUCGCCGUCCCCUUCUCCCGCUACGGAGCCAAGCACGCCAGGUCGUUCUCGCGCUCGCCGUCAGCCGUCUUCGCGCAAGAGUACACCGACAUCGUCCCCUGUCUCGCUCCUUCGCGACACCAUCCCAGCGAACCUCACCCUUCUCCUGGUAGGCGUCAACCCGGGUAUCAUGACAGGUGCCACGGGGUACGUCUACGCCCACCCAUCGAACCUAUACUGGAAGCUCCUUCAUUGGUCUGGGAUAACGGCGAUUCGCCACCCUCCCUCUGAUACCUACCGGCUACCGGAAUUAUAUAAUAUCGGAAACACCAAUAUCGUAGAGCGUCCGACCCGCGACGCCAGCAUGCUCAGCAAGGCGGAGAUGGACGCUGGCGUGCCUAUACUAGAAGAGAAAGUGGCCAAGCAACAGCCGGAGGCCGUUUGUCUUGUUGGCAAGAGUAUCUGGGAGGCCGUAUGGCGGGCUCGUAAGGGUCGAGCGAUCCGGAAGGAAGAAUUCCGCUACGGAUGGCAAGACGAGUCAGAGAACAUGGGUCGGAGUGAGGAUUGGGACGGGGCGCCGGUGUUCGUUGCUACCACUACUAGUGGACUGGCAGCUGGGAUGAGCAUGGCAGAGAAACAGGCUGUAUGGAACGAACUCGGGAAAUGGGUGAAUAGCCGACGACAAGCCAAGAAGAAUACCCCUUCAAUGUAACUAUAUACAAGGAUCUUAGAAUUAUACAAUUACAUGAGCAAUACUACCUUCGUA